CGACCACCUUCCAUAUUCUAUUGUCAUCAUCAUUGCCUGCAAUCCACAGCUCAAUUGGAUAUCGCUGUUCUUCUCUGUAUUUGCAAAGAGAAAAAAUAUUACGAGCACUACAUAUUGUAACCUGAUUGAGUGCUGAACGACCUUCCUUCCGAGGCUACCUUUCCCACCGCCGUGCUCUACGAAUAAUCUACACUUCUUUCCACACCACACCACACCACACCACACAAUGUCGCAAUUCUUCGGCGACCUAUGGGAGUCCAUCUUCACUCCCGGCACCACACCCACUCUUGUCAAAGCAACUCACUACUCAUUCGCCGCGCUGGUGGUGACGCUCGUGACGCUGUGCGUCUCGACGCUCAACAAGCACUUCUUCUUCCUGACGGCUAUCGCGCUCGGCUUGUGGGCGGGAAUCACAUGGUUCAUUACCGAGCUCGAGAAGUUGAAGGAGGAAAUGGCGAAGCAGAAUACGCCGGUUACGGAGGGCGGUGAGGGCAGCGAGGAGGUUGCGGAGAUUGAGGAAAAGACUGAGGACGAGAAGAAGAAAGAGUAAAGCUGUGUGUAUGUCUUUUCUCUUGAGUUUAUACUACGGCUUUUAAUUAUGUACAAAGAAGAUGUCACGGAUUUUUUUAUCAUUUUGUA